CGGUUCGGUGGGGAGUAAGCUAGCUAACCCCAUUUUAACAGUCUUUUUCACUCAUUGUACGCCCUAUGUUGAGAUGUGACGACGAUGUCGGUGAUUAUUCGUCGUGCGUCGGACUUUCCGAGAGUUUUUGAGAGUGGAGCAUCAUGUCGAGGAGGGAAAAAUACGACUACAAGUGAGAAAUGGAGAGUUGUCCCGGUCCGGUGAGCUGAAAAAUGGGAGCAAGCGCUUCAGUGUCGCUCUGUAGUGACCCCACGUCUGUGAGAAUCCUGAGGCCCAGUGCUAAGGUCAGCCCAGAGCCCAUUUCUCCCACCCUGGUUUCAGAGCUUGUACUGGCCGCCAGGUGUGUGUUUGGUGUUGCCCUUGAUACACUGAGAGAGGAUGGGCAAAUGGUCUGUGGAGUGCCCCUUGUGCUAAGAAACAUGGUGGAGUUCCUGGAUAAGAAUGGAAUGCACCACAGAGGUCUGUUUCGACUAUGUGGGUCGGUAGCGAGGACCAGGCAGCUGAGGCAGCGGUGGGACAGUGGAGAGAGGGUGGACCUGGAGCAGGAGGGAGAUGUCCCCACUGUGGCCUCACUCCUCAAACUCUUCCUUCGGGAGCUGCCCACCCCCGUAGUUCCCGAACCCCAGCGCAAACAGAUGGUUCUGAGCAUCACAAGUACUAGGAAAGGAUGUGCUGAUGAGGCAGAGAUGAACGAGUCUCUGAGAGAAAACCUUUGCCACCUGCCUGAUGACAACCUCAUUAUUUUGUCUUACCUCAUCCACUUCCUGUCCAGAGUGGCCGCUAACAACCAAUCAAAUCAAAUGCCUGUGGAAAAUCUUGCAACCAUCUUUGGGCCUUGUAUAUUUCAUGUUCCUGCAGGACCCAGGAUGCUGGAGGAGCAGAGUGUGUCUAAUGCCCUUUUGCUCCAUCUUUUGAGGCAUCAGGAGGUUCUCUUUCCAAUCCCAGCCGAGGAUACAGUGUCCUCCUCGAUUGCCUCCUCCUCACCUCCUCCUCCUACUCUCUCUGCUCUUUCACACUUUGAGGUCCUAUCCAGCAGCGGUCACUCAGAGCAGAAUAGUGUGGAGACACUGGAGGGAGAGACCACUUCGACCAGUGCUGUAAACCAAACAAUACAGAUCCAAUCUCAGCUCAACAGCCCUGACACACCGGCGCAGGGUUGUGAAACCAGCUCUGACGUCAGCGCUGACAUUCAGAAGCUGAUUCCAGACCAGGAGGCUCAGGAGGAGAGCAGAGAUAGUGCAGAUUUAGGAUGUGUCCUCUCCUGCCCCACUGACCUGGGGCCAGAGCUACAACCGCAUCACAGCAGACCAGCUCAUCGCCUCCGGGGAGAGCCACCAGAGGUGGAGCGUACCACGCAAGGGGCCUUUUCACAGCACAAGAUGCCACAAUUCACCUCAAUAUCAAAGGAGAAAGAAGUAGAAGAGGUAGAGAAUAGAAGGACACCUUCCUCACCCAUCAAAGACGACUGCUCAGCGGCUUCCACAGAUGCGCGGCAAAAAUCAGCUAUUUCAGACUGCUGCAGAGUGAAUGAAUCACACAGCAUCACCCAAACACCGACUGAGCUCACAGAAAGCAGGCUGUGCUGCGUAGAGAACAAGACAGAAGACAUAACUACAGUGUCUGACAAGGGGAUAAGUGAAGGAAGAGGAGGAGGAGGAGGAUGUAGUGGUUCUCCUGACAGACACAAUGAUUGCAGAGGCGGGACCAGCAGCCGUGACAGCCCCUCCCUCAAGCUACAAGCCCUGGAGGCUGACAUGGGACCCCUGCCUGCACCGACAGACCCCCAAGCUCUCGAUAACCUACCUGCCCAGCAACAGCCUCUUUGUACUGAAGAGCAGAGCCCGUGUUUGACCCACAAGCUGCUUCUCCACUCGCCAUCGUCACCACCAGCUCAGGAUCAGGUCGACUCAUCACAGUCUGACUCCAGUCCUGUCCUCUCAACCGCCAAUCUUUCUGAGGGGAUUUCAGGAAAAGACACCCUGCCGAGCCCACCGGGCCCCAACACCAGCCCACUCCUCUCUCGUUUUACGACCAGCGACUGCCCCGUUCCCUCACCGCGCUGUCCCAACCUCAGUCACAGCCUGCGCUACAACCUGGACCCUGACGCAGCCCCUUCUCCACCGUGCUCACAGCACAUACGCAUGACUCGCAGCAGUGUCCAUGCAGAGCCAGACGAGGGCUCUGUGUCCAUCUCAGUGCUCAACCGACACAUUCACACCCUGAGGAAGAGGAUCAGGCGUUUUGAGGAGCGUUUUGAACAGGAGAAGCACUACAAGCCGGCCCACAACGACAAGACAGCACAUCCAGAGGUGGCCAGACUGAUGAAGGAGCUAAUCAGGAGUCGCAAGCAGCUUAAAGAGCUGAAGCUGAGACAAUCAGAAGACGGGGGUCUGAGAGGGCAGAGAGACUUCCACCAGUCACCUGAAACAUGCAGGACCAACACAGACCACAGGGAGGCAGCACCAACAGGGACUGAGCUACAGACACUCAACAACAACAGCAACACCAAGCCCAAUGUGGAGGAAACUGUCAACACUAUCACCAACAGACUGAAGGAGAAACGACGAGAGCUGGGCCUGCCCGACAGCAUUAAGGAGAUGUCCCAUUUCCAGAUGACUGUGGAGAAGACCAACCUGCAGAAGUGUUUGCUCUACUUUGAGAGUCUGCACGGUCGACCGAGCACCAGGCAGGAGCGCACUCUGAUGAAACCUUUCUACGAUCGGUACCGUCUUGUAAAGCAGCUGCUGCUUUCUUCUGCUGCUGCAACAGUCAUCACCACCAUUGAGGAAGAGGAGGGCUCGGAUGAAGAGCGUCCCAAACAGCGAAGCCCCAGGCUGCAGCCGCUGCGUCUGAAAUCUCCCAGGUGUGUGUCCUCAGAUGAGUCGCUGCGUCUGCCUUCUUUAGAAAUGUCUGAAACACCACUGGUGUCUCCGCUGGAGGAGGUGAAGUGCUUCCAGCCACAGAUCAUCACCAUGGCAACACUGCAUGAGGCUUCCAGACCAGAGUUACUGGAUCACCUCAGGACUGCACGAUUAGAGAAGCGGAGGCUGCACCAUGCGCUCCGAGAGUUUGAGGACCAUUUCUACAUGCAGACUGGCAGGGCUUGUCAGAAGGAGGACCGUGGACCGAUGGCGGAGGAGUACUGCCAGUAUAAGAACCUCAAAGCAAAGCUCCGUCUACUGGAGGCCCUGCUCAGUAAACAGGACUCAACCAAGACCAGUUGAGUGAACUCACAG